GUAGUUUGUGUCGAAGUAUGCCGCGCGGCAUCCCAAUGAGGUCCUCUCUGAGAAGCCGGGACUCGUCCUCGACAUCGACAGGAGUCGAUCCUCGCGAACGUGUUAAGGAUUGCUGCCGGAAGCUGGUCGCCUUUAUGUGCACUCAGGUAGGCGUGGGUGGACUGGUGAUAGGCUACGCCAUCGUGGGUGCCUUCGGCUUCAUAACGAUCGAAACCCAGUUCGAACAGCCGGAGCACUUGUGCAUGCGCGAGUUCGUACGCAGGGAGUACGCGGACGAGCUGUGGUUCAGCACCGCGAGCAACCGGUCGGUGAACGUGUUCAAUCGCACGACCUUCCAUGUGGUGUCCAACAGCAUCUUGCUUCGCUAUCAAGAGAACAUCAUUAACCUCGUGCGCAGAAAAAUAGACUGCGAUCACACGCCCAGCGAUCUCUGGUCAUUUCCAGCUGCGUUAAUGUUUUGCUUGUCAGUGUUCACGAUGAUCGGCUACGGCAGCUUGGUGCCAAAGACUCAAUUGGGCAAGGGCGCUACAGUAGUCUACGCGGUACUGGGUAUUCCGCUCUACGUGUUGUACUUUCUCAACAUGGGUAAAGUGUUGGCGCAUACUUUCCGUUGGCUUUACACGCGGCUGCACGAGUGCACCGGUCAGCGAAAGCCUGGACAGAGGAUCACCGUGCCCUCGACCGCUUGUCUUUGGGUGAUAUGCGGCUACAUCGUUGCCGGCUCGAUCAUGUUCGCCGAGUGGGAAGGCUGGGACUAUCUGGACAGCGCUUAUUUCUGCGUCACCUCGCUCUGCAAAAUUGGCAUGGGCGAUCUGGUUCCCGGCUGGAGCCACGCGGAUUCCAUGGAAGCCAGCCAGACGAAACUCAUCAUCAACUUUGUGUACAUGCUUUUGGGUAUGGGUCUGAUAGCUAUGUGCUACAAUCUGAUGAAGGAAGACGUGUACGUGAAGGCGCGAGAACUCAAAGAACAGAUGAACAACGCGAUGGACGCGGUUCAUUACAAGAUUGGAACAUGUUGCAAGUCGGAACCUACAAUGGACUGAGAGAACCGAGAAAGUAAAUAAAAAAUCAGAAUAUUGUAAUUUGCAACAUAUUCUGACUUUUGUCAGUUUUCUUUGUUGAAAAAGAAACUGCAAUCAGAGAAAAACUGUAACAAAAAGAAAGAAAACAGAAACCGAGAGAAGUUUUAUAAAUAGAAGUUUUAUAAACAGAGAAGGAAAGAAAUCUUGUCGGAAGAGUGGAUACGUGUUGUAUUUUUGCACAACGUCAAUGUGUUGUGGCAGACUAGUCAUUGCGUAGUCAUGCAUAAUAAGAUUUUCUAAUGAUAUGACAGUUUAUAAUUUUUUAGUCACUUUUUCUUCAAAAUAUGAUCGAUAUUAGUUUAAAAUAUAAGCAGUUAAAUGUUCUUUAUUAUAUUAUUAUACCCGACACAUUAUGCGAUAUUAAUAAUACAAUUGUUGAGAUCUCUACGUGUGCAUGAGUGUGUGUCCGAUAUGUGUGAGAUUUAUUAUUUUCAUAUUUUGUUAAUUAGAUUAAGAUUUCUAGACAGAACAUACAAAGUCAACAUUGCGUUAGAGCACUUUUUACGUAAAACUCGAGCCGUAAUUUAUAAUAGCCAUAAAUAACAGUUCUGAUAUAGCUAUAAAAUUGAUAACGUGUAUCUCGCAUCUGCUUUAUAUAAACAGUAUGUUUAAGUUAACUGUACGUUUAUGCCACUUCAAUGCACUUCUCAUGAUUUACUGCGACGGACUAUUUACAUUUACUGAUAUCGGAGACGAGUCGCUAAACUAAAAUUCGAUUUUUUAAAACUAAUGUAAGCAAUAAUGUAAUUCAAACAAAAAAUGUGAAACUGUCAUAAUACGUAUCCUCAAUGAAAUUAAUUUUUGUAAUUAAUGGAAAUUGAUUUAUUCAUAAAGAGUUGCGAUUUUGCGAUCAAAGCAAUUAUGGAUUUUUUCUUUAGUUUAAUUUAUUGCAAUUUUGUGUGUGAAGACAAGAAUUUAUGACGUUGCGAAUGUAAAAUAUUUGUCACGAACGCAAAUAUAUAUCGACAGAACAUACCAAGCGCAAACUAAUUAUUGUGCGUAAUGUAUCGAUUAUGAUUGAUAAUGUCCAGCUCGGAAAAUUAAUGGUCUACAACACUUCUCUCACCGAUGACGAUACGUACAAAUAUGUAUGUAGAUGAGGAUUUAUUACGUUAUUAUAUUGUACAUUCCGCAAGAGAUAAUUUGCUCAAACGUACAAAUAUUGUGCUUCUUAUUAUUAACAGGUGGACAAAGCCUUCAUUACUCAUGUAUAUGUAUUUCAUUUUUUGU